GUCUACUUUGGCCCUUAGUAAACGUCAAUAUAUGCAUUUGAAGGGUUACGGCUGGUUCUGACAAGGUUUCACAAAGAAAAUGACCUCUACUGAGGAACCAUUGUGGAAUUCCUCCUCAUACGAUAGCUAUGACAAUGAACCUGAGCCAUGCAGCAAAGAUGGAGUGAGGAAUUUUGGGUCUUGGUUCCUUCCCACGUUUUUUUCCCUAGUGUUCCUGCUUGGCUUGGCAGGGAAUACCCUUGUUGUCUUGGUACUGUUCAAGUACAAGAGGCUGCGAGGCAUGAUGGAUAUCUAUCUGCUCAAUCUUGCUAUCUCUGACAUGCUAUUUGUCUUUGCUCUUCCUUUCUGGUCUUAUUUUGUGGCUGACGAGUGGGUGUUUGGAGAUGGCUGGUGUAAAUUUAUCUCUUGGGUCUACCAGAUUGGAUUCUUCAGCGGGAUUUUUUUUAUCAUGCUCAUGAGCGUAGAUCGGUAUCUUGCCAUUGUUCACGUUGUGUUCGCAUUGAAAGCAAGAACCGUCAGCUACGGCAGUCUUGCCAGUCUUGUUGUAUGGCUAGUGGCUAUCACAGCUUCUAUUCCAGAGCUGGUAUUUAGCAAAUCAGUUAGCUACUAUAAUCAUACCUCGUGCAAGCCAGCAUAUUCUAAGGACGACUUAACAUGGAAACUUUUUACCUCUUUGGAAAUCAAUAUUUUAGGACUUCUGAUACCAUUUGUUGUCAUGUUCUUUUGCUACGGAAAGAUAGUUAAGACCUUGCUGCACUGCAGAAAUGAAAAGAAGAAAAAGGCUGUGAAGAUGAUAUUUGCUGUUAUGAUUAUGUUUUUUGUGUUCUGGACCCCUUAUAACACUGUACUAUUCCUACAAUUUUUGGAUGCAGUGGGCAUUUUUGGAGGAUGCCUGUCGAGCAACAACCUGGACUAUGCAUCUCAGGUGACUCAAACUCUAGCAUUUUUUCAUUGCUGCCUCAAUCCAGUUAUCUACUUCUUUAUGGGACAAAAAUUCAAGAAAUACAUCAAACUGUUCUUUAGGAACUGUGUUUUUUCAAAAAUAUUUUGCAAACCUUGUGGACUCUCUGACACUUUAUCCUCUGAGUCAUCAGGUUCACUCUACACUCAAUCCACAAGUGAUAAAGAGGCCCUUUGAAGAGGCUGCCAUUGUCUCAUGUGAGAUCAGGCCAAAGUGUGAUAUCUUAUACAUCCAAACAAUAUGUCUGCGUUGUUGGAAACCGGAGGCUAUAUACUGACAAGCACAUCCCAUACUUAAAGCUUUAGACAUGGAAAAGUAAAAGGGAACAACAGGAGCCAACUUUGGAAAAACAUUAAAAUAUAUUUUGCAUUGAGUACUGCAGUUACGUAGAGUUCCAAGUUUACCAUUUUACCCCAUGUCAGCUCUGUGGCAGCUUAAAAACGUGCUAAUAUUUUUAUCAUUUUAUAAGUUUCUAUUCUGAUCACCACAUGAGAUCUGCUUGUUGUCCUUUCUUGUGAUUUUUCUUCCUCUUUCAGAGACAGGACACCUCUUCAGAGAUAUACUAUACUAUAUGGUUUUUAGUUAUAUUACUAUAUUAGUUAUGUUAUUUCUAAAUGUUAUCUGAACUGGUCUGUAUCUCAAGUCUGACUGCAUAGUUUAAAGUUAUUUCAUUUUCCCAAGUUGUAUCUGUAAACUGUUGGCUUAUUCAUACCUCUCAACUGCCCAAAAUUUGGGCUGCAUUCUUUUGCAUGGGUAUAUGAUUACAUGGAAGCUUGGUUGAAAUAAAAAAAAAGUUCUAUACACACAUACAAUCAAGCAGGAUUCCAACCUGGGACUUCAUACAAAUAGGGCCAUAGUUCACAAGGUAGGGCUGCCAUGUUUCCAGGUUAGGCUUCAAAGCGAUUAAUUUAGAAUUGGCAGAAGACCCUUUCUCCAUAGGCAUAGUUUGACUCUGUACAUGAGAACUG